AUUCCCUUCCUGUCCCAGCCUAGGGUUAGGGGGCUGAGCCCCGGGCUCUGGAGGUUUGGGCCUCAGCCCCAUGGGUAGAAUUGGCUUGCCACCCCCGGACUAGACAAGGGGGCUGAGGGUCAGGUUGCACAUGUGUCACGUCCCCUUGACCUUUGUAGCCAGGGCUGGGUGAGGGGCUGUACAGUCAGUCUCCCUUUGCCUGGGAGGAAGAAUUUGGAUGGAGACAAUAGGGCCCUGUCUGUUCUGGCUUGGGGGUGGUGCCCCCAGCCCCCAAUAAAUGCCAUCAAGAGACGGAGGCAGUUUUCCCUGGUGCCUUGGGUGGCCCUGCCCUUCUGUAACUGCUUUCUUCCCUCAGCUGAUCUUGCCUGCUCGCUGUGACCUGCCCCUGCGUUGGCUCUGCCCUCUCCCAUCCCCACAUUCUCCCACAGUCUGUUAGGUGGAAGGGUGGGUGUUGGUUGCUGUUAGAGCCAGGAACUUCUGGUUUGGGGGCCUCCAAAGGUUGUGUAGGUCCUUCUGAGCUUGGCUGAGGAGUGUGAGGAAGACAGGACCAGCCUGAGACUGGGAGUCUUGUGGGAGGGGGCAGGAGAGGGAGGCUGCUGUCUGGGCCCGCCCCUUUGCCUCUGGCCCGCUGGAGAGGCCCACUCCAGUCUGAGCGGCUGCUGCGGGGUCUUCUGUGCUGCUGUCUCCCUGGACGGGCAGACAGGUCGCUGUAGACCUUGUGAGUGGCUCAUUUAGAAGAGUGAGUAUCCUGACUUCAGUAGAUUGUUUCAGGAGGGCUGAGGCGGGAGAAGCCAGGGAGAAGCCAAGAGUCUCCAGUAACUGCUUGUCUGCAGCCCACGGAAUCUGGAAGAACCAUGGGGCUCAGGGCUGAGCUCUGCGCUGUCCUAACCGGGCUUUCACUCCUGCUCCUGAUGUCAGGCCAGGGGGCCAGAGGAAGAUCUUUCCGACAAAGUUUGGGUGUCUGCUCCAACCAGACACUGGUGGUUCCGCUCCGUUACAACGAGUCCUACAGCCAGCCGGUCUACAAGCCCUAUCUGACCCUGUGUGCUGGGAGACGCAUAUGCAGCACCUACAGGACCACUUACCGUGUGGCCUGGAGGGAGGUGAGACGGGAGGUACGGCAGACACAUGUAGUGUGCUGCCAGGGCUGGAAGAAGCCACAUCCGGGAGCUCUCACCUGUGAAGCCAUCUGCUCCAAGCCUUGUCUUAACGGAGGUGUUUGCACUGGACCGGACCAGUGCGAGUGCGCCCCAGGCUGGGGAGGGAAGCACUGCCGCGUGGACGUCGAUGAAUGCAGGACCAGCCUUACCCUCUGUUCUCAUGGCUGUCAGAACACCCUGGGCAGCUUCACGUGCAGCUGUCCACACCCCCUGGUUCUGGGUCCGGAUGGACGCGCCUGUGCAGGGGGGCCUCUAGAAUCCUCAACAAGUGCCAGCAUCCUCAGCGUGGCAGUUCGGGAAGCGGAACGUGAGGAACGAACCCUGAGGUGGGAGGUCGCAGAGCUGCGUGGGCGCCUGGAGCGGCUGGAGCAGUGGGCCACACAGGCUGGGGCCUGGGUCCGAGCAGUGCUGCCCAUGCCGCCUGAGGAGCUACAGCCGGAACAGGUGGCUGAGCUUUGGGGCCGGGGUGACAGGAUCGAGUCCCUCAGUGACCAGGUGUUGCUGCUUGAGGAAAAGCUGGGUGCCUGUGCCUGUGAGGACAACAGCCUGAACUAGGUGCCUGUGAGGACAACAGCCUGGGCCCAAGCCUCCAUGGUUGACAAGGAACUCCCGCAGCAGCCUGGAUCCCUAAUUUACACAGAAACUGCCUGCUACCUGGGAUUGGCAGACAGGGGUAUCGACCACCGAGGCACAAGGAGCCACAGAAAGCCCCCAGAUCUCUCUUUCUCUUUAUUCUCAGUUGCUUGCUGUUACCCAGAUAAUAAAAACCAACCACACAAAACUGGAUCCCACCCUUUCCUUCUGCCCCCAGCCUACCUCCUGGGUCUUAGGAAUGGGUCUAGAGUGAGAGGCGGGGGAGUGGCCAGUGCCACUGGGAGGAAGUGAAAACUGGCUCAGAGAGGGAGGUACCUCAAAAGAAAGAGAAAUAAAUUAAGCGCCCUCCUCUCCCUCA